AUGGCGGCGCGCCUGGCUUGCUGCUGCUGCUGCCUCCUGCUCUGGCCCGCGGGCGCGAGCGGCGCGCCCCGCGGGGACCGGCUGGCCGCGCACAUGCAGGCGCUCUACGCGCGCGCCCGGGACGGAGGGCCGCUGCUGGGCGCCAACACGGUGCGCGGCUUCCGAGCCGGCCGCGAAAUUGUGGCUCAAAAGCCCCUGUACUGUUUCAACUUGUCAUCUGUGCAGGAUUCAGAGUUGAUCCUGGCUGCUACCUUUCACUUCUUUUCUGAAAAAUGCAGCCAUGGGCAUCCCAAGGCGGUUUGCAGAUGCUCAAAGAACUCGGCUUGCCACCUUCUUCGCUUGCCACUGAUGCUGUGGCUCAACCUGGUUUUCCACAGCUUCGGUGAGAACCUGGCCUAUGGGCAACUGAAAGAGAACAUUACUGUGUUUCCUCAUAGGCAGGAAGCCUGGCAGAUGAAGGACAUUUCCCACAUCGUCAAACGAUCGAAGCAAUUUGGCGAGCUUCUUCUGUGUGUUGAACUUGACUCUGGGAAGAGGUACCGGGGUGUGUCUGAAGAAGCUGCCUCUCACUGGCCGUACAUAGUGGUCUAUGCCAAUGACUUAGCGAUAGCCGAGCCCAACAGCGUGGCGCUUUCCCUCCAGCGGUACAACCCGUUCCCCUCUGCUGAGAGCCUUUUGCUCAAUGCUUCCAUGACCACCCGUAUGAAGAGGGACAUGCAGCCGUCCAUUCCGGUCCAGAACAAUGAACUGCCGGGGACAGUGGACGCUAAUAACAAGCAAAAUGAACAAGGCUUCUGGGGGAAUGCGUACAAGUCCCUCAAAUCAAAAGCCUCCCGCAGAGACCGGAAGAGGAAAGGGCCAGAAGACGCUGAGAUGCUCGCCGAGUCUCAGGUACUAAAUUUUGAUAAGAAAACAAUGAGGAAAGCCCAACAAAAACAAUGGAACGAGCCUGCAGUUUGCUCUCGAAGACGCAUGAAGGUGGACUUUGCUGAUAUUGGCUGGAACGAAUGGGUCAUCUCUCCAAAGUCGUUUGAAGCGUACUACUGUGCAGGUGCCUGUGAAUUCCCAAUGCCCAAGAUCGUGCGGCCAUCGAACCAUGCCACGAUCCAGAGCAUUGUGAAAGCUGUGGGGAUAAUUCCAGGCAUUCCAGAGCCCAGCUGCGUCCCCAACACAAUGAACUCCCUCAGCGUUCUCUUCCUAGACGAAAGCAAUAACGUUGUCUUGAAGGUGUACCCUAAUAUGUCUGUUGACAGCUGUGCUUGCCGAUAGAUUGCUUCAACGCACACACUCACAUAACGUCGGAUUAAUACAGAAUUCUCGGUCUGGGUCGACCUGGAAUGAGGGUUCUUUGCCCUUUUAAAUCCCCAACUCCAGAGAAGGUCCUGAAGCAGGGAGAUAUUUUGUCUUUAGGCACUUUCAAAUUCUUAACUUGCGUAGCUGAGAAGAGAUAGGGUGCUUAGUGGAAUCUUCUAUAUAUAGCAGAGUUUCCCCGUAACCUAACAACUGCCAGUACACGGGAGGGACAGGGUCAACCUUGGUCACCUUUUACCCACCCAUGCAGUGCCUGUCUGUUUCCCCUGCAGGACAAAUGGCAGCGCCUGGAGCACAGCUGAAGUCUGGAAAAUUGCACAAUGGGAAGGGGUUAAAUUCUGCUCCCCCUAAAUCUGGAGUCCUUGCAGCUGCUAUUUAUUCUUUUAAAAAACAAAAGAUACGUGUGCAGCGAACUCCUGAUGUUAUGUCUGAUUUAGCCUCUAUAAGAGGUACAUUCAAAUGAAUACUUUUCCAAGAUAGGAAAUGGGCUUUCUCCCCAGUAUCUUUACUUUGGUACAUAGAUAUCUAUUUUGACUCUUAAGAAUUUUAAUUUACAUAUUCCUACGGAGGAAAAAGUUACACUCGAGGGUUUUGAACAUAUGUUUUCUUCUAGUGCACUAUAUGUAUGUAUGUGACAUUUAGCGCAACUGCAGAGGUGGGGGCAGUUUUCACUGAUUCCCUUACCUGGGCACCGCCUACAUUUGCACCCAGAGCUGUCCCUGGGAGAUUCCUGAACUCUGGGGACAGCAAUACAUUGAGCUCGAGCGGGACUUGACAAAUCCCAAGUCGCCAUGGCUCUUAGAAAUUUCAUGGUGGCCUCCUGUAUUUUCUUGUGGUAACAAUAAUUAGAAAACACAGUCAUACAUAACCCAGAGGCUGAAAUAGGAGUCCGGCUUCUAAAUAUCUGGGCUGGCUUUUACAACAAAGGCAAAUCAGUUGAGACCUGAGACACAUAUAGCUUUCGCCUUUUAAAGCAAAAUAUGUAUAUUGUGCUAUAUAUAGAAACAUAAUCUAUAUGAUC